GCCCCGCGUGUGCCGGUGCCGGCAUGGGGAAGCGGCGGGCCGGGCGGGAGCUGGUUCGCAGCCUGAGCAAGAAGCAGAAGAAGCACCUGAAGGAAUUCGGGGAGGAGCACCCUUUCUAUGACAAGGUUUCUGCCAGACCAGAAGCAACUCCAGUCUGUGAGCUGUCUGAGAAUUCCGACCAAUCGAGUGCAGAAAGCGAUUCGGAGGCUGAAGUGGAGCAGACCUCUGGGUAUCAUAAGCUCCUGGCUACCCUGAAGACCUCUCCUGAGUCUGAGAGUGAAGAGGAUGAAAGUGACUCAGAAGAAGCUGGGGAAAGCGAGACAGAAGUGAGCAGUGAAGGGUCCCAGGAGACUGGAGAAGCAGAUGGAGGUGAAGCAGAUGAGAAUGACGUACAAGAGCAGAAAGAAGCUACAGACACAGCAGAGCAGAUGCUUGGCCAGGAGCAGGCUGAUGGCGCAGAUGCCUCUUGUGAACGAAGUCAUGGAGCAAUCGAGGAGUUCACUGAUGUGAAACAUGAAUCUGAAUUUAGCUUGGAAACCAAUUUCAUGGAAGAGGAGAGUGGAGAUUGCAGUGCUGAUAAGAGAGACAGCAAUUCUUCACAAGCUUUUCCAGAAGAUCCGUUCAGACAGCACAUGGACAGAGAACUCCACGAAAAAGAAGUAGAAAAAAUGUCUACGCUUCCUAAGACUUCAAGUCAAAGCAAGUGGCCACAGCUGGGCCAGCUAACUUUUUCUUCCACUCUGGAGAAACAUAAAACUUUGAAAGCAGACAGAGAAGUUGGUAUGAAACAACUUUGUCUUCACAAGCCUCUAGAAUCCACUUGGCCAAAAGUGAACAAGCAAUUUCUGCCCUCAAUGAACAAACAAAGUGAUCCCUCUUUUACUCCCCUACAAAGAGAGCUCUUCUGUAUCAUGAAUGCAUACUGGGACUUGUUCUACCCAGAAAGAAAUGCUUUAACAAACGGCGAGGAAAUCCGCUUUGCCUACUGCCUGCAUGCCUUGAACCACGUGCUGAAGGCAAAUGCCCAGGUGCUCAGCAACAAUGCCAAACGCAGGGACCAAAAGCCAGGGACUGACGAUGACUACAGGGAUCAGGGGCUCACUAGACCUAAGGUGCUGAUGGUAGUGCCCUUCAGGGAGUGCGCUCUGCGGGUCGUGCACGUUCUCAUCAGCCUCCUUGAGGUGAGCGGCCAAAGGAAAAUCGAUGUCAGCAACAAGAAGCGCUUCAAGGGGGAGUUCGGCUCUGACCCGCAGGAGAAGCCCCCCAACCUGAAAAGACCUGAAGAUUAUGAAGCUGUCUUUGCUGGCAACAUUGAUGACCACUUCAGAAUUGGGGUUGCAAUUCUUCAGAAGAGUAUGAGGCUGUACGCACCGUUUUACUCCUCAGACAUCAUCAUUGCCUCUCCUCUGGGUAUGAGGACCAUUAUUGGUGCAGAGGGGGAGAAGAAGAGAGAUUUUGAUUUUCUGUCAUCAAUAGAAAUUCUUAUAAUUGAUCAAGCUGACAUUUACCUGAUGCAGAACUGGGAACAUGUUCUGCACCUGAUGAAGCACAUGAACCUGCUGCCGCUGGAUUCCCACGGGGUCGACUUCUCCAGAGUGCGCAUGCUGAACCUCAAUAACUGGUCCAAGUACUACCGCCAGACGCUGCUCUUCAGCGCUCUGCAGCAUCCCCAGAUUAACUCCAUCUUCAACAAGCACUGCUUCAAUUAUGUGGGGCAGGUGGCUGUCCGUAACGUACCUCUCAGAGGCUCCAUUAGCCAGAUUGUGGUGCAGCUUCCUCAUGUUUUCCGGAGGCUGGAAGCUGAGAAUGUAGCUUCUGCAAUAGACACAAGGUUUCAGUUUUUCGUCGACAAAGUGCUGCCCGAGUACCGCGACGUCAUCAUGUCACACACCCUCAUUUACGUGCCCUCCUACUUCGACUACGUGCGGCUUCGGAACUACUUCAAGAAAGAGGAGCUGAACUUUACUCCCAUUUGUGAGUACACCAAGAAGGCAGCUGUCUGCAGAGCAAGGCGCUUCUUCCUCAAGGGCGAGAAGCAGUUUCUGCUCUUCACUGAGCGCUUCCACUUCUACAAAAGGUAUGUGAUCAAAGGCAUUAGGAACCUCAUUUUCUACGAGUUGCCAACAUACUCCCACUUCUACAGUGAAAUUUGUAAUAUGAUGAAAGCCACAGACAAUGGAGUGGAUGCCACUUGGACCUGUACUGUGCUCUACUCCAAGUACGAUGCUCAGAAACUGGCUGCGGUGGUCGGCAUCGAGCGCGCAGCCCAGAUGCUGCAGUCCAAGAAGAAUGUUCACCUCUUUGUCACAGGAGAAAAUGAACAGUGACACUGCAGACUAGCCAGCUGGGUGGACCUCCAUUGUACUCCUCAGGCACUUUUUGAUCUUCCUUUUUUGAAGAGGUGCUAAACU